UCUUUAGACACAGCAGGAUUCAGGCAGGUUGAAGCAACACAGUGAGCGUGUGUCUUCAGCUGCAGCCAUGGCGCUCAGGUGGAUCAUUCUGUUCUUUGGCCUGGGACUGGCAGCAGCCAAGCUAACAGGUGACACAGAAAAUGAUGUUGAUGAAGGCCAUGACUGGGACAUCCUUAGCAUCAAUGAAGCGGCUGGUCUGGACCUGCUGGAGGGAGACAUCUUACAGGAGGAAACAUUCAUCAGAAACUCAAUCAUAGGAGAUAAGUAUCGCUGGCCAACAACCGUUCCUUACUACCUGGAGGACAGUCUGGAGAUGAAUGCAAAGGGAGUAAUCCUGAAGGCAUUUGACCAGUACAGACUGAAGACCUGCAUUGACUUCACACCAUGGAAAGGAGAGGGGAACUACAUCUCUGUGUACAAAGGGAGUGGAUGCUCCUCCCCUAUAGGCAACCGGCGUGUGGGGAAGCAGCAGCUGUCCAUUGGUAAAAACUGUGACUCUCUGGGAACCGUUGAGCAUGAGUUCCUGCACGCUCUGGGCUUCUGGCACGAGCAGUCCAGAGCCGACCGUGAUGAUUACGUCAACAUCAUGCGGGAUCACAUUGAACCUGGUAAAGAGCACAACUUUAAAACAUACGAUGACACGGUGUCCAGUGCUCUAGGCGUUCCCUAUGACUACGGCUCUGUAAUGCACUACAGUAAGACGUCCUUCAGCAUUGAUUCUAAGCCCACCAUCGUCACCAAGAUCCCCCACUUCAUGGAUGUGAUUGGUCAGAGGAUGGGGUUCAGUGCUAGUGACCUAACCAAGCUCAACCGUCUCUACAACUGCACCAAGUCUUCUACGUUUGUAGACAGUUGUGACUUUGAGGAGGAGGACAUUUGUGGGAUGAUUCAGGGUCCUGGCAAUGCAAAGUGGGAACAACAUAGUUCUGUGAAAGGAGGGCCCCAGAGUGACUUCUCCAACAUGGGACAAUGCAAAGGAAAAGGCUUCUUCAUGCACUUCAGCACGGCCUCUGCUAAACCUGGUGACCGUGCAGUCCUGGAGAGUCGUUGGCUUUAUCCCAAACCUGGAGCCCAGUGUCUGCAGUUCUUCCUCCAUAACACCGGGGCAGCAGAUGAUGUUCUCAACAUCUGGGUGCGAGAGGAUGACCGCAGCAGAAAACCGAAGCUCUUCAAGAGUAUUUCAGGAGGCGUCAGGGGCUCUUGGGAACUGCAUAACAUCAAUCUGAGUGUGACCAGGAAGGCCCGUGUGGUUUUUGAGGGCGUGAGGGGAAAGGGGCCAUCGAAGGGAGGUUUCUCUCUGGAUGACAUUAACCUGUCAUCCACAAAGUGCCCUCAGCACAUCUGGCACAUCCACAACAUCACCGGCCUGCUGGCCACCACACCAGCAGGAAAGAAACUGUACAGCCCUCGCUUUCUGUCACCAGCAGGUUACUCCUUCCAGGUAGGUGUGUACCUAAACGGAAUGAGCGACCGUCCAGGGUACAUGGCCACUUACUUCUACCUGACCUCGGGCCCCAACGACCACAACCUCAAGUGGCCGUGUCCGUGGCAGCAGGCAACUAUGGUCCUGAUGGAUCAGCAGUCUGACAUCAGACAGCAAAUGAACAUGCAUCGAAUGGUCACCACCGACCCUGGCAAGAUGUCCUCUGAUGGCACUGAGUACUACUGGGACAAUCCCAGGAAGGUGGGCUCUAAAGUGACUGUGUCUGAUGGCAGCUUUUACUAUCGAGGACCAGGCUUUGGAACAAGUACCUUCAUCUCCCACAGCAGGCUAAAGAGCAGGAACUUCAUCAAAGGAGACGAUGCCUUCUUCCUCUUCAGUCUGGAAGGUGUGGAGUCUUUCAGACACUAA